AUGCAUUUGGCUCAGAGUUUUAUCUUGUCGUGCCUGGUAGCGACUAGUCUAGCUCUGCCUAGCAGUGAGGACACCAAGCACCAGGAAAAUAAGGCGCGCAGUGCGGGUUACUCUCUUAAGGAGCCUCCCUUGACAACGCCAUGGACUGACAAAGUCGGAACGAAACCAUGGCCCGAAUAUCCGCGGCCGUUGCUGCAGCGCUCUGAAUGGAAGAAUCUCAAUGGGGUAUGGAAGUACGAAAGUGCUUUGAGCCUCGAUGCUGUUCAGCAGCCACCUUUUGGGAAAGAGCUUGCACAGGAUGUUUUGAUUCCGUCGUGUCUUGAGAGUGGAUUAUCCGGAAUCCAAGCUAAUUCGGCUUUUUACUCUUGGUUUUCAACCUCAUUCGAGGUAUCUUCUUCUUGGAAGGGUGAGCAGGUACUGCUCAAUUUUGGAGCUGUAGAUUACGAAGCCACAGUCUUUGUCAAUGGUAAAAAGGCCGGCUUCCACCGUGGUGGAUAUUUCCGCUUCGAGUUAGAUGUAACGAAGUACCUGAAGUUUGGUCAGCAGAAUGAGCUACUUGUUUUCGUGCAUGAUCCUACUGACGACGGUGAUUAUGUUAUCCCCAUUGGAAAACAGACGUUGAGACCAAGUCACAUCUUUUAUACCCCAUGUAGUGGUAUUUGGCAAACUGUUUGGCUCGAGGCUGCCCCAUCUAAUCACAUUACCCAACUCGAUAUUGAUGCAAACAUGUAUGGUCAAGUCAACAUCACUGUACACAGCUCCGCCAAGGAAAAAUCUGCCCAGGCCGAGGUCACUGUCCACCAAGAUGGUAAGACAGUUGCAAGCCACAAAGGCCCCACCAACAAGCCAUUCCAAUUUACCGUAUCAUCGCCCAAGCUCUGGUCCCCAGACUCGCCUAAUCUGUACAAUGUGACUGUUAAACUUGGCAAAGACCAGGUGGAGAGCUAUACUGGCUUCCGUACAAUCUCUAGGGGUAAGGUUGGCGGAAUUGAGCGGCCCUUGCUCAAUGGGGAAUUUAUUUUUAUGUUCGGAACCUUGGACCAGGGCUAUUGGCCCGACGGGUUAUACACGCCCCCCAGCAAAGAGGCAAUGGUAUACGACUUGGAGAUGCUAAAGAACUUGGGAUUCAACAUGGUCCGCAAGCAUAUCAAAGUCGAAACCGAUCUGUUUUAUCAAGCGUGCGAUGAACUCGGUCUGCUUGUCAUUCAGGAUAUGCCUUCCCUGCGCCCCUCACAAUCCAAAAGGCUGGAAAACUGCGACUCCGUUACUAUCCUACCGAACGAAGCGCAGCAGGCCGAGUUCGCUCGCCAGUUAGAUGUAUUGAUUAACCAGCUCAAAAGCUUCCCUAGUAUUGCAACUUGGGUCAUUUACAACGAAGCCUGGGGUCAAAUCACCGACUACUAUCCAGAGUUUGAGUUGACCGAGCGGGUGAGACAGCUGGACCCCACUCGGCUUGUGGACUCAACGACCGGAUGGGACGACCACGGCGCAGGAGAUUUUAGUGAUAACCAUCACUACGCAAACCCACAAUGCGGCACCCCAUUCUACUCCAGAAGCUCGAGCCCAUACGAUUCCACCCGGAUUGGGUUCCAGGGUGAGUUUGGCGGUAUCGGGACUAAUGUAUCCAUUGAGCAUCUCUGGAACAACCAGGCAGCUAUCAACACUAUCGACCAAACAUACGAAAUCGACACCACUAUCGAGGCAUGGAACUAUCGCAGCCACCUUCUCCUAAGCGAGCUCGAGGAUCAGGUCCGCUUGUACGCAUGUAGUGGGGGGGUCUGGACGCAGACGACCGAUGUGGAGGGCGAGGUUAAUGGCCUGAUUACCUACGACCGUCGCUUGGCAAGAGUCGAUGUGAAGCAGUGGCAGGCAGAUAUUAAGGGUCUGUACGAUGCUGCGGCCGGACGAAGCAACUCGACCGUGGAAAGCUCAUAA